GUCUAAGACAAAGGUGUAGUAGCGACGGAACUACCAUAACCCCAGCCAACUUAUCAGUGUGUUUUAAUUACUUGAUCUAAAUUUAACUUCAUUGACACUGUAUAAUUAAUCAUGGACAUACCUUCUGACGUCAGUUAAAAUCUAAAUAUCAGAAGGCGUUUGUCAGACAAGUAUUGUAUGGCUCAAAAUAGGUAUACCUCAACUAUCAAAUUUAUCAACUAAAUUUAAAAUGGCAGAAAAGAAACAGCAACGUCUAGCUAGGUGGUAUUUUGGCGGUUUGGCAUCAGCAGGAGCAUCAUGUGUAACUCAUCCUCUUGACCUUCUCAAAGUUCAUCUCCAAACUCAGCAAGGUGGCAAGACGUCUCUGUUAAGACUUACUGGCAAGAUUAUACAAGAACAAGGAUUUUUUGCCCUUUAUAAUGGUUUGUCAGCCUCUCUAUGUAGGCAGCUCACAUAUUCAACUGCUAGAUUCGGAAUUUAUGAGGUGUCAAAGCAAAUGAUUGCUCCCAACGGUGAACAAAUUUCAUUUUUGGGUAAGGUUGGUUUAGCAUCUGUCUCUGGUGCUUUUGGUGGAUUUGUUGGUGUACCAGCAGACUUAGUUAAUGUGAGGAUGCAAAAUGACAUCAAGUUACCUCCAGAGAGCAGAAGGAAUUACAAACAUGCAAUUGAUGGUUUAUGGCGGGUUUUGAGAGAAGAGGGAAUACGCCGUCUGUGGGGAGGAGCCACUGUUGCAACUGCAAGGGCAGUUCUGAUGACAGUUGGACAGUUGUCAUUCUAUGACCAAGUAAAGCUGUUCCUUCUUGAUUCGGGCUAUUUUGGUGACAACGCUGCAACUCACUUUGCCGCUAGUCUCACUGCCGGUGCUGUGGCUACGACCUUAUGUCAACCACUUGAUGUAUUGAAAACAAGAGCAAUGAAUGCCAAGCCAGGAGAGUUCCAAAAUCUAUGGCAUGUGGUGACUUAUACAGCAAAACUGGGUCCGCUUGGAUUUUUUAAGGGAUAUGUUCCAGCCUUUGUUCGUUUAGGUCCACAAACUAUCCUGACCUUCAUGUUUUUGGAACAACUUAAACUUAACUUUGGUUAUGUUGUUGUGUGAGAAAAAUUGCCGACUCUUUAUCUGAUCUUAAAAUCAUCAUUUGUUCAAGAAUUUUUUUUUACUGAGUGCUAGAUUGAGAUAUCUAUCUGCCAUAAGGAGAGGUAUAGAUCCAUUUUCUUUGAUAACUCACUGCAAUUCCAUAGCUUGUAACAGAAUUUAUAGUUAUUUGACACCUCAAACUUGAACUGUACCAUUGACAUAAUUUUUUUUAUCUUUAGCCAACAAUGCCUAUGUCUUAUGUAAAAUAGGCAAACAAAAAUGUUUGUGCUUAUUGUGAAUGUCUUUAUGACAUCAGAUUUCAGAUUUCAGAAAUCUUUCUAUUGCACAGAUUUUUGAUCUCCUUGUAUAAUUUGUUUUACUUGUUUCUGUAUAUUACCCUUGUGAGAACCGUCCUUUUUCCUCUUUGUUUUUCAAUCUAGUUGUCUGGUUCUUAAAAAUCAAAUGUAACAUGUAGUAUUGUAAGGAUUGUGCCAUACCUGUAAGCUUAUCAAAGUUCACAAAGGGCAAGGCAGCUCCAGGGUAAUAAUACUGAGCAAUUUUUUUUAUUUUGAUGAGCCAUCUAUCUGCUAACUGACAUAUUUUUUAAGAAUUUUAGCAAAAAUCAAAGUUGUGAUAGUUGGUUGUCUGCAUUUAUUUCUUACAUUGCAUUUUUAGCUAGUACCAGUCAUUAAAUUUUGGUCAUGUGGGAUAUUUUCAGCACAGCAAAAUACAGGUAACGACAGAUAGUGUUCCAUGCACCAUGACAAGAUUUAAAGUGGAUUUUGCCCUGUCAGGCUUAAGCUGAAAUUACAUCAAUCUUUUGAAACAUACCUAAUUGACUACACUUUUGUUUUCGUCCCAUGCUUAGCAUAAAUGACAUAUAAUAGUUCUAAGUUGAGCUGAUAACAAACUGGAAAGGCUGUUAAAUUAUUUAAUAUCUAUGAUAGUUAUUGUGUGCCUUUACUUGUGACAAAAACAUCCUGUAUAAAUAUGUAACAAAUUACGUUAUUGUGCUUUGUUAACUAACAUUCCACUAUUUAUUUAUUUAUAUUUUGUGGGGACCAGGUUUUGUUACUUUUUCUUCUUUUUGCUUUUGUGAUAAACAUUGAUUACGUAGGCAAUGACUCUCUCAUAAAAAGUGUAACUGCUAGUGCUAAAUUAGGAUUUGUUAGUAGAUUAUUCUUCUUUCCUUUGGUUGAUCUUUACUGAUAUGAGGAAAGGGUAAACCUUGUGACGCUGGGCACUGUUAUUUAUCAAUUUGUUCAAAGACUUACACAUGCAGAAGUAGUCAGGUAUUUCUGCUAAUUUUUCUCUCUUGAUUUGCAUUUCGUUUUUUACUGACCUAUAUAUUAUCUAAUGCUUUUGCUUCCAAAAUUAUACUGCAUUGUAUUACUAUUUGACAAGACUUCAAGAGAGCUUUCUUCACAUGUUGGAUUGUGUAAAACUAAGACAAUAUGUGGAAGAAGGGUAUUUAGUAGGUAAGUGGUUGUUAAAGGGUGAGGUGUUUGCAAUACGAUAAGACAAUAUUUUUGUCUCUUAUUAAUUUGACUUUGAAGAGUGAGAUCUCUUGCUUAGAAUCUCCCAAACUAGAUGUACUGGAAUCCACAUUGCAUAUUUCCUACUGAACCACAUGCGUUGUGUGUCCUGUCCUGCUAACCUUGUACAAAUGUGUUGUGUACGUUUAACAACUAGCAAAAUUUGUAUUGCUUGUGUUUUUGUUUGAAUCAAAAACAAUAAUAUAUAGGAAUAAGGUAUUUAUUUUUGUGCUUUGUUUGAAAAUUGUUACUAUAUUUUAAAAAAUGCUAUUUAUCAUUUGUUAAAAAUAAAAAAAUAAAAUCUGAUGUUUCUUAAA